AGGGAGCGUCCGACAUGUAGCAGCUUCGUAAGCGGGCGCAAAAAGUCCUGUUUGGCCGACAAGGCGCUCAGGGACCAAGUCCCGGCAGGCUGCGUUUUCACAUGCAUUUUCUGGAAACCGCCGCAACAGUCUUCACGGGAUGGCCGGGUACUUUUUACGCUUCUCAAGCCAGCAGGAAAAUGAGGGACGCUCCCUGGCGUCUGCCCCGCCCCUUAAAUCCAGCUGCGCGCGGCGCUUUCGAGGCCGGCGGGAGGAAGGACUACGGUUCCCAGCAUGCUUUGCGGCAUCUCCUGUCAGAGUUCCUUCUUUUAAAAAAAUAAAGAACAAAUUUAGCGUCGUGAUUCGAAACGAAGUUGCCUCUGCCAUGUAGUAGAAAGCAUUUAUUUAUUUAUUUUAAAAACUUUUUUUAAAAAAACACCAGUCCGUUAACGAUCGACCUCGGUGACGUCACGAGGAGAGAUGAGCAGCCAGCCAAUCAGCGUCGAGGGUCAAGGGGCGGGCAGUAUUGGCGGGAGAUUGAGAAACCCCGGGAAACUAAGGAAGGCGCUCCCGGGAUCCCUGGGGCGGGGAGAGAGAUCUCUCUCAGGCACCUCAUUUGCAUAUGUUAAUUCCCGGGUCCCGCGGGUGCUGAGAGAAGCCCCCUCGGGAAGAGAAAGAGACACCCCCCUUGCGAAGAGGACAAAGAGGAUGUCUUCAGCCACAGGUGGGGCUCGCGAUGGGAAAAACCCCAUAAGCGGAAAUGAAAACCUGAGCAAAUGAGGGUGUCUCACUGAAUCCUUGGAAAUGGCUCCAGUCAAAAUCAAAUACGUUGUGUCUUUCACAUUUCAGGAUCCCAAGUCCCCGGUGGAGAACCUUCUGCUUGAAGAAGGGGUUCGGCCCUGGCUCAGCUCUCCCCAGGACCGGAGCAGGCAACUGAAAGCAGAGCUGCAGCUGGAACACGCAAGCCGCAUUGGCUACAUUGAUGUGGGGAACUGCGGCUCUGCCUUCCUUCAGAUAGACGUGGGACGAUCCUCCUGGCCUCUAGACCAGAGCUACCUCACUCUGUUGCCCACCACAGCCUUGAUGAUGCCCGCUGAUGCAAAGCUGGAUAAGAAUCGCUCUGCAGUCCGGAUGUUUAAAGAAGGAGACUUCCUGGCUUCAGCUCUAGGCGAGAAGUGGGAUCGUAUCAGACUCACUUGUAGCCAGCCCUUCAACAAGCGCACGCAGUUCGGUCUCUCCUUCAUCCGAAUCCGCACUCCACAGGACGUAGACGACAGCAAGUCAGGCCCAGUCUCUGUUCCUAGUCAGGCUCCUUCUGAGCCCAGCAGCAGCCCAUGGCUCUCCAAUGCAGCCUUCUGCAGGACGUUCUUCCCAGAGGCGCCAUCGAGCACCGAGCAGGAAGCGGCGCUAAAAAGCCGGCUGCAGCAGCUGGACCCAGCCUCCAGCCCUGGCACCUGCAUGAGCCGCCCAGCCAGGAUGGUGCUGCAGGGGGCCUGUGCCCGCAAAAGAGCCUUCCCCCUGGUGCCUGGCCCCACCCCUCCUUCUGCAGAGAGCAAAGAGGACGGGCAGAGCCAGCAGGAAGCUCAGGAGCCAGUUGUGUCGCGGCCCAAGCAGGAAUCGUCUGCCAGAAGAGGAGGCACGAAAACGAGUCGAAGACGGGCAUCAUGCAGCAACCUGACGAGCUCUGCAGCAGCUUCUUCUGUCAAGCGUAGGGGUAAUUCUCGAAGGGAGAGAAGAAACCCAGGCCAGCAGGGAAGACUGAGGAACAUGGAACGUGAAGAGGAGGAAAAGGAAGAGGAAGAGAGAUGGCCUAGAAAGAGAGAGGUGGAGUUGGGUGUGUGCCCCAUCUGUGCGGGCCAUUUCCCCACCAAUCUCUUACCAGCUCAUGCCUCCAGCUGUGGAGAAGAGGAUUUUGAAGCGAGAUCUUCCUCCUCGUCUCCAUCAUCGUGGGAAGAACUUGUCGCAGACUGCGUCCACUGCCCCAUCUGCCAGUUCCGUUUCCCCGCUGCUGAGAUAGAGAGACACGCUAGCAACUGCGGGGAGCCGACUGAGGCCCUGGUGAACGGACCCUCCUGGCUUUGGGCAGAACAGGGCGAGUAGAUUGGGUGCAAGUGCCCCAGGGCAGGCGGCCUUCGCUGGUCAAACCAGUCGCACGUUUGGUGAUCAGCUGGAAUCAGGAUGUAGCCAGAACAAGGAGCCCACAAAGGACACACAGGGCUGGAAGUGAGACUAACGAGAAGAGAGUAAGAACUCCAGUAAUCGGGGCAAGGAACAUGUUAUUCGGGUUGCAGUGCCAGCACCUCUUACUCUCCCUCUGGUCUGAUUCUUCUCACCAACAUCCGCACACGCCAGAGCACUGAGGCUCAUACUGAUUUGUUGCUGUAGUUCACAGCCAAGACUGUCGGAAAGAUUCCUCGGAAAGGCGACUUUCUUCCCUGCUCACCUUCUCCUCUCCCUUAAGGAAGCUGAGGGGCAGGCACUGCACAGCCCAUACUGGUCUCUUUUCCGUACAGACCAGCAGCACGAAAAACGAAGACUGAAUUAAAUGUUUGCAAGGCUUGCCAAACUCCAAACUCCUGUCCCCCCUGGCUGGGGCUCCUGGGAGCUCUAGGU